AUGGACAUUAAAAACAGCUGCUUUUCCCAUCCCUGCCUUUCUUCAGUCUAGACUGUAGACAGCUCCACAAUCUUCUCUCUCUCUUCUUUAUCUUCACAGAGGCAAGUAGGCAACAGACAAGCACUCAAGGGAUUCAGAAACCUAUCCAAAGCCUCUUUCUUUUUCUGUUUUGUACAUCACCUCAUCAUCUCACUUCCCACCAGCUUACAAAAUGGCGAAUCCUGUGGGUCAUAUAACUAAAAGUAUGAAGAGAACAGAAUCCAGAAAGUCACAUUCAUGGUGGUGGGAUAGCCACAUCAGCCCCAAGAAUUCGAGGUGGCUGGCAGAAAAUCUUGAAGAAAUGGAUCGUAGCGUCAAGCGAAUGCUGAAGCUGAUUGAAGAAGAUGGAGAUUCAUUUGCAAAAAAGGCUGAGAUGUAUUAUCAGAAGAGGCCAGAACUUAUAUCUCAUGUCGAGGAGUUCUACCGCAUGUAUCGUUCUCUGGCAGAGCGUUAUGAUCAACUGAUGGGAGAAUUGAAGAAGAAUAUUCCAUCAGACCUCCAAUCUCAGGGCUCUGGCAUCUCUGACAUUGGCUCUGAAUUGCCCUCUAUUUGGCCCUCCCCAGAUCAAAGGCUGAGUCGUCGCAAAUCUGGCCCACGAGCUGCUGGUUUCGAUGUCUUCCUUGGUUCUGGCGGGAGCAGCUCUGAUGUAUACCAGAAAGAAGGAGAUGAGUCAUCUUCUCUUUCAGAUUCUGAACCAGAAUCUGAUGAUUCCUCAGUCAAUAAUUACUCAGUUUUGUCAGGGAAUGGGGGUGGCCAAGGGGUGAGGAAAAUGAUUGAAUUGGAGAUUGAGCUCCGUGAAGUGAAAGAGAAGCUACGGGUGCUGGAGGAAGAGAAUACAGAUGGCUCAAUAACCGGAUCAAAAAUUGAUAAUUCUGAUCUUCUUGCUAGAAUUGGAGAGUAUGAGGAAGAACUAAAAGUUGCUAAUAAAAAAAUACAGCUUUCUGAAGAAAAAAUCACUUUGUUGAGGAUUGAGCUCCAAAAAUAUAAACCGCAGGAAACAGCUGAGGAUGAAUCCUCAGAAGAGGAAAGUGUCACGAUGCACAGGGCUGAGCUGGAGAUACAGGUAAAUCAGGCAUCAGAGCCUCAAGAAAGGAUUAGUGUAUUGGAGAAAGAAGCUCAACACCCAGAUGGCAAGAUGCAGGUACUGGUGGAAGAGCUGAGAAUCACAAAAGAAAUGGUCCGGAAUUCUGAGAAAGAAAUUGCUAGUUUGAAGCUUGAGAAGAAACAAUCUGAUGAAAAAGUUCAAAAUUUGCAGGCUCAGCUUGAUACGGCUCAAAGGGAGAUAAUAACAUGGAAAUCCAAACUGAAUACAGAGAAAAGAGAGGUCUCCAAGCUGCAGGAAAGAAUGGCUAGGUUAAAGACUAGUUUAUCAGACAGAGAUCAUGAGAUCAGGGAUUUAAAGAUAGCUGUAUCUGAUGCUGAGCAGAAGAUUUUUCCUGAAAAGGCUCAUAUUAAAGCUGAAAUAUCAAAAUUGUUGGAGGAGCGGACUUGUAUGGAGGAACAGCUCCGAGAAUGGGAAUCACGUGGUCGUUCCAUGGAGGAGGAGAUCAGAAAAGCUGUGAACGGAAAGAGAGAAUCGGAGGAGAGGUUUCGCAGUGAAAUUGAGCUGUUGAAAAUGGAGAUUGCUAAGAGAGGUGAUUGCAUUAAAAGUUUAAAUGAAAAUAUUGAGACUUUAAAAUCAGAGAUAGACGAGCAUAAGGCCCAAGUUGAUUCACUCAAAACAGAGGUUAGUUCGAGGGAUGAUCAGAUUGAUCAAAUGGACAAGCAUCCGCACCAAUUACAUAUGGAACACGUGGAGCUACUCGCUAGCGCUCAAGGAGCACAUAAACUGGUGGAGGAAUUGCAAGUAAGAGCUAAGGAACUUGAGGAUGAGAUUGAGAGGCAAAGAAUCGCAAUAUUGGAAGGAGCAGAGGAGAAACGUGAAGCUAUAAGGCAACUUUGCUUCUCCCUUGAGCAUUACAGAAACGGAUAUCAUAUGCUUCGGCAGGCAUUUGUCGGGCACAAGAGAGUUCCAGUUUUGGCGACAUGAGUUUGUAAUGCUGCAUGGCACUGUUUCCUCCAUUCUUUUGUUUUAAGCGAGAGUCCCUAGAUUUUCUUACUAUUUCCUGAAGGUGGCUUUGCUCAUAUCCCGCUGCUUGUGUAAUGAGCAUACAGAAAACAGAAGUGCCCUUACAUUGAGGGAUGUAGAGUGGUUCGGGUGAGUAUAAAAAUCUUCAUAGAUAGGUUGGACUUUGCAGAAAUACUGAAGUCCUCGAGUACUCAUUUAGGUCAGUAUUUGCAUGCUCUGAUCUUGAAGCUUGAUAUGUUUGGUUUUGUUUGUGUAAUGGCUUCGGCUUGCGUGCCAAGUAGCUGUAUGAUUCUCUUAUCGUGAUCGGAAAUGGAAGGUCUUUGCAGUUUGCGGCUACCUUCAGCAAAGAACGGAAAUAGAAGGUCUUUUGCACUUUGUGGCCACCUUUAGCUAAGAGUUUAAAAAUCGCGCCAGCUGGGUGUACGACUUUCUGCUCGGGAAACAGUCGCUCUAUCCACUGCGCAACAUAAUGGUUGUGGGGUGUCAUCCCAACAACUGAAUGAAGUUUCCUUUCGCCCGUUAAAUA